AUGUGUUUAGGUUUGUUCAUAUUGUAUUGUUCUUUGAUCUUUACUGAUGCAACACACUUCAAUGGAGGAACUAUAGGAUGGGCUCCCAUCGAUCCUUAUGAUAACUCCAGUUCAGUUAAAAUUACUGUUACACAAUCUUAUUCAUGGACAUAUCCAUAUAUACAAUGUGCUAACAAUGUACCGAUCUCGACUAGUGGAUUUAAUGGUGCCAAUACUAAUCUAACUUGUGUAGUUGAUUGUUCAACUGAUGGUGGUUAUUCUACUGCAAUAAUUGAUAUUCUCACCGAUUGUACAGCAACUAGCUCAUCAUUGAAAAUGAUGACAAGUGAACGAUCGAAAAAUAUUACUCUGUCUUCCGGAGCACAUUUUUAUCUAGCUCAUAGAGGAAGUGCUUGGGUACCAUUAAAUGAUCCUGCUCAACAAGGUCUUGAAUGGUCUAUUGUAACAUACAUUGAUCUUCGGAAACGAUCAGAUGGUUUCAUUAAUACUUCACCUGUUGCUAGAUUUGUUUCUCCACAAUAUGCCAUUGUAAAUAAAACAAUACAAAUAAAUAUUCCUGUUUCGGAUGCCAAUCCUGGUGAUGAUGUACGUUGUCGAUGGUCAACAUAUACAACUGGAUAUCGAAGGAGAAAACGAUCCGACAAAGAAGAACAUAUCAAGCAUAGGUCUAAUGUUCAUUUAUACAGCGAAGUAGCUAGUGAUACAGAAUUCAUUCAUAUUAGAAAAAAAAGAGCUUGUGGUGGUGGCUGUGGCUCUUCGUGUGUAAGUGGUUGUAGCUGCAGCUGUAGUGGUUGUAUUUCCACAACAUGUACUGGUUCAACAUGUACUACUAGUGGAGGUUGUCCUCUGACAGUUGCGACAAACACAACCGUUGCGACAAACACAACCGUUGCGACAAA